UUUGUAGUUGCCGCCAUAACAAAUAGGCGCCACUUUUUAUUAUACGACAGUAUAAAGCACGUGCAAUAACUAAGUAAGCGUACGCCACUCUCAAUAAGCACACAAAUCGUUACUUCAUGAGACGCAUCUAUCUACAGAAAGAUAUUGAUGUCAAGAAGAUAAAAUGUUGAGCAUUUUGAAAUGCGCUUCGCUGCGCCAGAAAAUUCCAACAUGCAUGAAGAGUGUUCUUGUUAACUCUGUGAGGAACAUGAAUCUACAUAUAAAAAAACCCAGACCUAGGAUAAUAGAUAUCCUCAGGACUAAGGAUAAUAUACCACCAAAUUUUGAUUUAAUAUACAGAACAAGCGCAGAAAAAUUUUGGAUCUAUACUGAUUAUGCAUCCACUAUUAUGUUAGUCUUUAUGGGCACCCUUUCAGUCUAUGUAGUGUUUUCAAUGGAAAAUCUAGAGUUUCCUCUUGUGGAUAACAAGAGGGAAUUUAUAAUUGUAAAACAAAAAUAUCAGCUAGUACUUCCAUUUUUAAUAACUUACUGUUUACUCAUUGCUGCAAAAGUUUUUUCUUACAAGUUCACAAGGAGAAUUUAUUUUGAUGGCGAUUCUACAUAUAAGGCAGUAUUUAAUGGUUUACUGCCUUUUCAAAAGAGAAUUAUGACUAUUUCUAAAGGAACUGUUAAAAAGGCAAAACCAUCUGAGAUAUUGUCUUGGAAGCAUUAUCAAUAUCUAGUAAAUGGUCACAAAAUCUAUUUGGUUGAGAAUGAUUUUCUAAGUUCCGCUGAAUUAUAUAAUUUCUGUCCUGAGGCUGAAUAUUCUCUAUAAGCAUUUACAUUUAUUAACGCAUUGUAGUAUAUGUUAGAAAAUAUGUAUAUGUAGUAUAUAUUGUAAUAUAAGAGUGAUUUGAGUGUUAAGAUUAAGAGCCACUUUCAAGAAAUGUUAACUAUUAAUUCAUACAAAUAUGAAUAUUACCAAAUUUCAUGCUGCGCAGCUAAUGUGGCCAACUGAUUACAUUAGUACAUAUUUACUGAUUGUUUUAGUUAAAUAAAUUUGGAGCGCAGAAUAAACUUUCUUUUCCAAAA